AAUGUGGUACAAAAAGGAGGGUAAAUCAGGCAAGCCAAAACUUUUGCCUUCCCUUCCCUUCCCUUCCCUGCCCUUCCCCUCCUCCGUUCAUUUUCAAAUAACUUGGCCAUAGCAGUAGCAGCACACAGUGAAGAUCGCGGGUCCCUCUCACCCGCGGUCUCUUUGCACAAUGAACCGGACAUUCUCGUCGAAGAUCCCAAAGAAACCUUCUCUAUCAGUAGCACCUGCGAAGAACGAAGACUGCAACCAGAGGAAGAAGAAGCAGAGUACUUCUCAUAACCCGUUUCAGGACCUCGAUGCCAUUUCUAGUUGCAGCCAUAGCAAUUGCAGUGAGGCUUUUUCUGCGUCUAUUGAAGUUCCUAGAGGUUGCCUCGGGUUUUUUCUCUCUCACUACUCUUCCUCUUCCUCUACUUCUUCUUCUAAUUCGAAGUCGAAAAUUCCUAUUGAAAGACCCAAAACUCUCGCCAAAACCCCCAAAUCAGCCCCAAAUGGAAGGGUCUCAAAGCUAUCCAGAUCUAAGACCUCAAAGGAGAACAAACUGUCAAACCCAACUGUUGAAGAAAACCCAGAUAGACUCGUAUCAAAGAAAACGCCGAGAUUCAAGAAAAACCCACCUUGCCUGUACCAGUGGCAAUCUGUGAAAAAAACCCAUUCUAGAACUGCGCAAAAGUCGCAACAUUUUUCAGCCUUGAACAACGGUGGCGACUCUGCGAAUAACUUGCCGUUUGGAUCUGAAGGAGAAGGCCUGGUGAGGAUGGUUGAUGAUGUACGUGAGGCCACCGAGCUCAAACCACGGGAUGCUGAUGCAACUUGUACUCCUUUAACUAAGACAUAUGGGUCAGCUUUGGAUUGCGAAGUUGGAAAGUUUGUGGAGGAGAGCUCAAACAAGAGUAAUGGUAAGACACCUCCUGUUCAGGCCUCUCUGUCGCCUGAGAUACAAUGUGGGUCAGUUGUCUCGACCGCGAUCAUACCUGCUUGUUAUGGUGCUGGCCACAUUAUUUCUGGGGUUGCUGACAAGAGGAAGUGUAGGCCUAGAGGGAUUCUAACUGUAGGAGAACAUGAUUUUAGCUUUGGCGGAGUUAAGCCUUUUGAUAGUUUUGAUGGUGAUGAAGAAGAAAAUGUUAUAGGGAUUGGUGAUGAUUCAACUGUGAUCCAUGAACCGACCGAGGCUUCGAUGCACUGGCUUCUAUCUCCAUGUAAUGAGGAGGAUGAGGGUCCGAAGGAGAAUUCAGAAGAUGAUGGGUCAUGUAGACGUCGGGGGUUAGGAGGGCAUGAUAUAAUCCAGUCUCCUUCCUCACCGUCAACUGGUCAAGGGUUUUCUUCAGAUGAAGGUAAUAAGGGUAAUACAGAAAGUAGUACUAAUAAUAACAGGAGAAGGGACACCUAUUUAAUAUCUCCAAAUGUACUUCCUGAAUUUGAAGGGUUAUCCCCCAUGUCUUCUCCCCACGCGACACCUCGUUGGGAAGCCAUCACUGCAAAAGAAGGUAGAGAAAACUGUUUCGAUCUUGAAGGUAAAAAUUCUCCAUUCUCCAUGGACUCUUUGGGUAGUGGAAAUGUUAUGCGAACCCCACAAUCAGAAUCGAGCUCAGACAGACUUGUUGGCCUGUCAUGGUUAAAUGAAGACAGUUACAAGAAAGAUCACUUUGAAUCUGAACUCAAUUUGGUGGCUGAAGUUCUUCAGAUGACAAGCUUGUCUCCCAAGAGCCAUAUAUCAAUCGGGGGUCCUUUUGACUCGAGUUUCCAAUUUGAUUGUCUAACUACUUCUUCCAGAUGCUUGUCAGAUGAAGAGAAAGAUGCCCAUGGCUGCAGCGACAACCAGUUAAAAUCCUGUCGGAGUCCCGAUGCCAAUGUUGAUGUAGCAAGUGAUCAGACAUUAACUAACAACUCUAGGUCUACUGAGUAUUUAGAUAAUGAACCGAGAACUGAGGGGAACAGUAAAGAACAGUUUCCUUCUCAGAUAUCCUGUCCCUGUGCAGAAUCCAUAAGCACUGAUGGAGGUGGCCUUGUUGCUUCGAGGGAUUCAGAUUGGACUCUCUGCUACAAGAACCAUUUGUUUGAAGAAUAAUCUACUACCUUCUCUCAAAUAGUUCUAAUUCUAGUAGAGUACAGCUAACUAACCUGAGUACAAAGAUGGAUUUUCUUUUAUUCUAUUGUUUCAAUGUUUUGAGUGUUGCGUUUA